GAAAAAAGCGGUGGGGUGUCGCGUCGGUCCUUCGCGGCGAUGUCCUCUUCCAGAUCGAAACGCCCUGCAAAGGGGAUGCCCAAGUACAAAGAGGAGUCAGAUGGCUCUGUAUCAUCUGAGGACUCUGACUGGGAUCCAGAUGAAACAGAAGUGCCAGGCGGUGGCAAAAACAUCACAGACGUGAGCGACUCCUCCGGCCCGGCCACCAACGGCCGACCCGGCCUCCCCUCCGACCUGCUCUCGUCCGCCAUGGACUCGUCCGGCGUGGCGGGCGGCUCCGGCUCGGGCUCCAGCUCCAGCUCCAGCUCCAGCCUGACCGUCAAGCCCGAGCCGGGCUCCUCACAGCGCCAGUCGAAGAUCGACCGUCUGAUCCGGGCGGCCUGCUGA